AUGCAGUCCAUCCGCCAGAUUGAACGCCUCAAUCAGACUGAGCUCGACAAGUGCGUCCCGUCGAACGCAUCAUGGCAUACCGACUAUCGCGACACUGCCUAUGUCUACAUCGGCGGACUGCCCUUCGAGCUCAGUGAAGGAGACAUACUCACCAUCUUCAGUCAAUAUGGCAAUCCAGUCCACAUCAACCUCGUUCGCGACAAGGAUACUGGCAAGAGCAAAGGGUUCUGCUUCCUCAAGUAUGAGGAUCAGAGAAGUUGCGAUCUUGCUGUAGACAACCUCAGCGGGGCUGGUGUCAUGGGCCGCGUGAUGAGCGUGGAUCACACUCGGUACAAGAAGAAGGAAGGCGAAGUGGAAGGUAUUAUGGAUGAGGAAGAAGCGCAAGAAGACACAGACAAGGAGGAUGGGGAUCGCAGGAAACGUAGAAAGACGGAAAGCGAAAGUGAGGAGGAAAGGCCUUUGAUCAAGGAAGAGAUUGAGCUGCAGAAGCUGCUACGUGAUCACGACGACGAUGAUCCCAUGAAGGAGUACCUGGUCAAGGAGAAGCGAGAAGAAAUUGCCGAAGCUUUGAAGAGUGUUGUGAAGCACAAGUCGAAGGAUCAGGAUCGCGGUGAGAGGAAGCACCGGCACCGGCAUCAUCAUCGUUCAAGGAAGCGCGAUGAUGAGGAAGGGGGAAAGGAGCAUAGAUCACGACGUAGGCGAGACGAACAUGAAGGCGAGCCGCACCGUUCGAGGCGAGGAGACAAAGACGAGGAGGAUAUCGGCAAGCACAGGUUGCACCGGGCCCGACGAGAACGAUCACGCUCACCUGGAUCCGAUGACUGCCGACGGAGCGAGCGAAAGCCACGCAAAAUCUCUGGAGGCUCGGAUCCCAGGCGAGAUAGGAAUGGACGUUACGAUAGCCGUAUAGACGGAGUUGAAGCUGUUGCUCGUUCAUACGUCAAGUAA